CAGUUAGCGGCAGUAGAGUACAAAGAAAUGGAUGAUUUGAGCAUUAAGGGAACGAGUACUUUAUCAGCCAGGGAUGAAUGACACACUGAGGACGGAGGAUACACUUUUAUCCUAGUAGCCGCUGUUCUCUUGGAUAUAUUCAGCGUAUAGCAGAUGAGGGAGAAGGCCGAAAACUAGAAGGGAAACCAUGCUCAAGGGGUAGGGGAGGAGCCGAUGGGGAAGCAGAACAAGAUGCAGGAAGUAUACACGGAAAAGAGAGAGCUGCCAAAAGGAGAGAUGCAGAGUGUUGGUGACAUACAGGCUAUGCUGCAAGAAGGGAGAGACACUAGAGAAGGUAGUCAGGUUCUGCAAGAUAGAGAGGAAGUACCUCAGAGAUACGCUGUGCUACAGGGAGAGGGGGAGUUGCAACAGCAUCAUGGAGAGAGAUUAGUUAACACAGAAGAGCAGAAGGUACAUAUUGAAGCAAGUGAGAAUAAUGAGGUGCAAGAAGGGAGUGAGACACAGGAGAUAGUUAUACUGAAAAAGGGCCAAGUGGUUCAGGGAGUAAGUGAGUGCAAGGACCUGGGGCUACUGACAGGAGCAGAGGAGCAGAAGUUACAGGGAGGAAGCUGUGGGCGGCAUCAGCACCGAGGAUCUAAGAAAGAACAGGUGCAGACAGGACGGAUGUUACACAGGGUUUGUGAUGAGCAGGAGGACCGUAUACAGGGGAGGUCUCAGUACCAGCAUGUUACUUAUUGGAUACCUGAACAGCGAGGACUUAAUCAGAGAGAUGAUGACAAUAUUCCGGAGCUGCAUGAAGAUCAUAAACUGUCACCAGAGCAAAACUGUGACCUCCACCGGGAGAAGCCUAAUAAUGUCACCUGCGCAUAUGACCAGUACGCCCAGCUUCUUACUGGGGACACCACUGCAGAGAUGAAUGAUUUGGAGAACUCUGUUGAAGAGAUGCUAGUCAGACUGGAUGAGUUCUGUGCUAUGAUGGAUAUGAUAAGAAAUGAGACAUCUCAUAUCCUUGAGGACAAAAUCCCAGCACUUAAAUGCAGAGUGGAAGAAAUGAACAGAAUAUACUCUAAAAUUGACAAAUUAGAGGCCUUUGUUAAGAUGGUGGGUCACAAUGUUGCCUUCCUGGAGGAAGAGGUGACUCAGGCAGAAGGAGACCAUUUAUCCUUCCCACAAGCAGUUAGCAGGAUGCUACACGGAGCCCCCAUUUCAUUAUUUUUGCGAAAAAAUAUAUCAAAGAAGUCAUAUGAACUACCAAAGCUUUACAGAACUGAAGAGUACUUUUCUGUAGGUUGUUCCUACCCAAAGAAUGAGAUAUGACUCUUACAAUCAACAUAAAGUGUAAAAAAAACAAUAUGAAUGAAGGAAAUGGACUAUAUAUUUUAAAUGUUAUAUGUGAACUUCAUGGCACUUUACAUUUUCUGAAAUAAAAAUUAAUGUUCAAUGAGA